AUGAAUGUUUCAUUAUCGUCUCGAAACGAAACGAACUCAACUAAUUUUGAAAAGUAUGUGUAUGUAACAUUAGACAAACGCGUUGAGGAUUUCUUAAUAUCCUUUCUAAGUAUUUUAGUGACCUAUAUCAUCUCGGCCAAUGGACUGAUACUUUACUUUAUAACGAAAAUCCAAUCCGAAAAAAAGAGGACAGCAAACACAAGGGGUUUUCAACGGAAUGUGACAAACAUAUUCAUUCAAAGUCUGGCAGUUUCCAACUUUUUAGGAGGACUGGUUAACUUCGUCGCACUGGUCGGACCAUUUUCAAGUCAUUUGAUAAGUCAAAGCGUAAUAAUUUGCAAAGCAGCGAAAUUUGCUAUUUAUUUCUUUGCCGUUCUGAAUUUCUACAAUCUUUUUGUCAUUGGAGUUGAGAGAUAUUUAGCAACAUUGCAUCCAUUUAAGGUUCCAUCUGAUCGUGCUGUAAAAGGACUCUUAAUAGGUUCGUGGGUUUUGCCAGGAUGUGUUGCGCUGAUUCCUACAGGAACGUUAAAUAUAUUUCGCGUAGAAGACGAAAAAACACUCAGUUAUACUUUACAAUGUUUGUACGAUAACUCCAAGAAUCAGCACAGAGCUAUGUUCGUACUCUUUAUUGCCUUGAACUUCGUUUUACCAGCGAUAAUCUCAACUGUUCUCAACAUCAAAGUCCUGAAAUAUAUCAAAAACAGGGCGCCCCAAAAUUGGAGUGCAAACUUGGAGCGAAAUAAGAAAACAAACGCUUUCAYAACUUUGAUAUUUUCAUACAUGAUUCCUUACAUGAUUUUUAUUGCUUACACAGCUGUGAAAAAAGGAUUGUCGUUACAACACAGUAUUCCUGUAGAAAUCGUAGUGAGUCGAUGUAACGCGUUCUUAGUGUUUGCAAAUUCGGUGGUAAGUCCAACAGUACAGUUGUAUAAAAUGCCCAGGCUACGAAGAAUGCUAGUGGGAUUUAUUUGCCAGAGGUUUCAGUUCCUACGAGUUCGUUUUAGGCCGAGUAACGUUAUUGCAGUGUAUGGUAAGGAAAGAGAGGUGUCCUUUAACACAAACAUUAUUUAUUCGUCGCGGACAAAUUCACAGCCAUAGUUUCCAUCAUAGUUAAUGGAGUGGAAUGGUUUGGAAACUCCAUAGGACAAAGCUAUUGUUUUUGGCUCGAAACUCCGGCAUUUUCGCUACUUACUAUCUAUUACUUAGUGAGUACGUUAGCCAAUCAGAGCGCGAGAUUCGCUACAGUUUGUUGAUAAGUUUYUACUAUUAUUAUUUGGUCUGACUUUUACAAGAAUUUCAACAAAAGAAGACAAAAAUAAAGUAAUACUACAGUAGCCUGUUUAGAGUGGAAUCCUCUAUUACACAAAUCACCACUACAACAAGUGACGUCACACUCGUGCGCAGACCCCAGGCUCUUACAUUCAGGCCGCGUGGCCCUGGUACRGUGUUCUGACUCAGAGCAAGUCUUCAUGUAGAUUACA